GACCUGGGGACAGAAGAUGCUUUUGUGGAGGUGCAGGAUGGUCAGGUACAAUGCUUUCCGUAUGAGCAUGCCCCGAUCUUCAAGCAAGAGCUCAUCCAUGUAUUCGGUGCUGAAGUAUUUGUUGACCUGAGCCCAGAGCCUCUCGGUUAA